GUGUUGUACAGGUUUAUAUGGCGUCGCUUUGAAGUCUGGCUACUGAACUGGAUUGGAAUAAGGAGUCAAGGACCAGAGGCCUAACUAGUGUCAGACGACUGGUGAGAGAUUCCGUCCUGAAGGCAGGCCCUCACCAUAGAGGAGAAAUAUCUCUACUCUAUGGCCCUCACCCGCCAAGAGAUAUGUACCCGAGUGUACCGAGAGCGCUACGUAUUCAACAUACACUCCUUGAAAAAUACAAAAUUUCCCGGCAAGCACGUGCGCGUACGGUUUGUGUUGAGCCUGGUGAUACUAUUUUUUGGUUGUCGUGCUGCAUAAACGCUUUUGAAAUAUGGCUAAUAUUUCUCGAAGAAAAAAAAAUAAAUGUGCCGUGUUGGGGUGCGUUGAUUGGGUUAAUAAGAGACAUCGCUUUCCUCGAAGCGACAAAGAAUUGUGGGCGAGAUGGAUGAAUGCUUGUGGUAAUCCAUUGAUUUCGGGGAUAACAAUGCAAGACUGUACCAACAGACUAUUUGUCUGUAAUCGACAUUUCCCCGAAGAAAGUAAAUGUCAAGAAUUACAUCGAGGGUUAAAAAGAAAUGCUGUUCCUACACUUUUUCUGCCAGAACCUCGAACUUGUCUUCCUGAAAGUGCUCUACAGCAAUUUGAUGAAAGUGUGCCACCUGAUAGAAAUUCUGCAACAAUUGAUCAUGAUUACUUUGUUACUACAGUACCUACAAAACUGCAGGAUUCAGGUUAUAUACAAAAUCAACAUUUUUGUAAUGAUGACAAGGCAGACGUACUUGCCAAUCAGCAGACGUUGGAAAAUCUGAGAAGGCAGUUGUGUCGCCUUUGUGGACAGAAGGGAUUAGUUUUAAAGCCUUUGUUUGAAACAGCCUCGAGUACAUCAAUGGAUCUACCUACAGCAUCAAAAAUUGACAUGUAUCUUCCUAUCAAGGUGAAAUUGGACGAUCCAUUGCCAUUUUGUAUUUGUUUAAAUUGUUUGACUGUGUUGAAUCAGUGGCACGAGUUGUAUACAACUUGUGUUGCUGCUGAUGGUGUUCUUUUGAAGACCUUUGGUAUAGAAUCUCAUAUUUCACGUGUUAAUAAUCCGUGUUCAAGUAAAGAAGGACAAGAUGUUGAAACUCAGACCGAGGAAAUGUCUUCAGAUGCUCUAACAGAUAAGACUCCAACAGAUGCUUUAAGAGCCGAGACUCCAACAGUUGCUCUAACAGUUAAGGUGCCUUUAGAAUCUCUUACAGACGAGACGAAAGUAAAUGAAGAUAUCUGCCCACAUUGUGGGGAGAGCAAAACUGGAAUUUUACAAGAAGACAAAUUAUUUAAAGAAGAGUUUGAUAAAAGUUUUCGCAAAUAUCGUAAAGCUUCAUAUAAAUGUCGUUUCUGUUAUGAAUUGUUUAGAAAUUCUGCUGAACGAAAGACACACAUUGCAAUGUGUCGUCAGUUAUCAACAAUUUGUGAAUUGUGUGGUCACAAUGUGCCUUGUAGAAAGAACUUGAAGAGACAUAAAUAUGAGAAACAUAAUGCUUCUCCUCGAAAAUACUUGUGUGAUAAAUGUUAUAAAUUCUUUACUUCUCCUGCUGGACUCAAAUUUCACCUUCAGAGUAUUCAUGGUGAGGAAGAUCGUUCUGGGAAAUACUGUUGUGAACUUUGUGGUGCUUUAUUUACGCGAGAGAUUUAUUAUCAUCAGCACAAAAGGAAACAUGAAUUGGGCAAGGUAAAAACUGUGUUUGAAAUCGAAAAUUUUCGUCAGGAAGUGAACUCUGAAGAUUCUGAAACUAGUGUCAUAUAUGUUUGUCCUGUAUGUCAGGAAAAAUUUAGUGAUAUGUCAUCACUAGCGGUGCAUCUGACGGAGAAGAAGAAAUUGAAAUGCUCCUCUUGCCUCAAAGUUCUGUAUUCUGAGAAAAGUCUUUUUCUCCAUGUGUGCAAACACUGGACUUGCCAAUACUGCUCAAAAUCAUUUGUCCAAAGAAUAAAGUGGAUGGUUCAUGAACGAUGGCACACAGGAGAAAAGCCAAUCAAGUGUAGAAAAUGUGAUCAGACGUUCCGCACGUGGCAGAGUCGUAGAUUGCAUGAAUCAUAUCAUGAACCUUCUUUCCAGUGUCCCUACUGUGGAAAGAGCUUUAGGAAUAAAUACAAAUUUAAAGACCAUGUUUCGUGUCAUGAAGGGAAGGAAUUUUCAUGCCAUAUUUGUGAUAAAAAAUUCAGUGGUCGGCAGGGUUUGAGUAAACACCGUAAUGCUUAUCACAGAGACCUUAAAAAAGUUGUUUGUAGUAAUGAAUAAAAAAUUAUUUUUUUGUAAAGUACAAUAUUUUGUAUAUGAUCUUGAAAAUACU